GUUUCAGUUAGCACUGAAGUGUGCAUGGAUUACACUGGACUGAUUGCCGCUGGACGUGCCACUCGAACCAUUGAUUAAUACACCGAAUCGGGGAAUACAAUUUUUUAAAGAUGAUCACUCCAAAAAUGGUUGUCAAAUUACAAAACAUGAAGUACCUGCCACUACUCGUGUUUCAGUUUAUACUUAUGGCAUUAUAUUUUGUGUUUGUAAGAUAUGGCGGGGACAAACACCAUGACGUCAGGGGUUUUGAAGAUACGCAUGUUAUGAUAUUUGUUGGAUUCGGAUUUUUGAUGACUUUUUUGAAGAAAUACUGUUACAGUGCGUUGGGUUUCAAUUGGUUUCUAGCUGCUCUCUCAGUGCAAUGGGCUCUUCUAUGUCAGCAGUUUUACCACAUGAAAGACAACAUAAUUUAUGCAACAAAAGAAAGCUUACUAGAGGCGGACAUAAUGUCUGCGACAGUGCUUAUAACUUUUGGCGCUGUUCUGGGACUAGCUAGCGGCUUACAGUUGCUUCUCAUUGCCAUUAUCGAAGUUGCUGUAGGAUGUUUUAACUUUUGGGUGGUGGCUGAUAAAUUACAGGCUGCUGACGUCGGUGGUUCAAUAGCAAUUCACGCCUUUGGAGCUUACUUUGGAUUAGGAGUCAGUUUUGCUUUACAUUUAGGUAAGAAAAAUACCGAGGCGACUCCUCAAGCGACAAGAGCACCCAUUGAAGAUUUAAGUGGGCCAAGUUACAGCUCUGAUGUUACGGCAAUGAUUGGAUCACUGUUCCUGUGGAUUUAUUGGCCUUCUUUUAACUCUGCUCUAACAAGUUCAAACACUGAGUAUCAAAGGGCCGUUAUCAAUUCAUAUCUGUCGUUGGCUUCAGCUACUGUGACAACAUUUGUAAUGUCUUCGCUUGUAAGCCAUCACCACAGUAAAUUGGAUAUGGUCCACAUUCAGAACUCCACAUUAGCGGGUGGUGUUGCCGUGGGAUCAGUAUGCAACAUGCAUAUUUCAGCUGGCGGAGCUGUUGCUGUUGGCAUAGGAGCUGGUUUUCUCAGCGUUUUGGGAUACAGAUAUCUCACGCCAAUUUUAACUAAAAUUGGAAUACCUGACACAUGUGGAGUCAACAACCUACACGGGAUGCCCGGAAUAUAUUCAGGUAUCCUCACAGCCGUAUUCGCAACGAUGGCUACGAAAGAACAAUACGGCGAGGAAUUGGGAGAUGUUUUUCCAGCAAUGGGUGGUGAAAACGGGAUUACUGCAUCACAACAGGGACUUAACCAAUUCUUAGCUUUGGUUGCCACACUUGUCAUUGGACUUGUUGGCGGAGCUAUUACAGGAUGCAUCGCAAAGUUCUUGAAGCCACUUAGCGAACAAGAGAAAUAUAAUGAUGAAAACGACUGGGAGCUGCCUUGAUUAAUCAAACAGAAAGGAAAUUUUGCCUAGAAUAAAUUAUGUCGUAAAAUCUUAAUUUUAAUAAAGAAAUAAAGCGGAUGUUUAAUCGUUUUUUCUUAGAAAAACGUUUUUAUAUAAUAUAACAUUUUAAGUAAUAAAGAAUUUUUGUAGAAGUUGAGAAAAUUUAAGUCUUUAUAGCGAUUUGCACUUCAACAUAUCAGAGAUAUACUGCGUUCUAAUGCUAUAUAAUGUAGUCUUUGCCUAAAGUUCGAUUAAUACGCUGCUUAUUUUGACUAUUUUUUUCACAACUUAUUUACUCGCUUUUCUUUAAAAUUAAUUAGGUGUAGGAAAUUUGAGUCGAUAAUUCAAUAUUCCCUGUAUAAUGUCAAUAUAAGCUUAACAUUACGUAAGCCAUUUGGAAAUAGAAAUAUUAAAUGUACAUGUAAAUUAUGAUUAUUUUAUAUUAAAUAAUAUUAACUAUAAA